GAAGGAGCCGCAUCAACCUCGGAUCGCCUUUUGCUUCUAUUUGAUUCACAAACACGUGAUCAAUUAGAGCACAAGCAACCGAGGCACGGCUACACUACCACAUCUUCUAUGCCAGCAUUUUAUAUUCGGUUACGAGGAUAUCUGUUAGGAAGCAGCGGCUUGGAAAUCGUUUAUACUCAGUUCUAUCGCUGGGCUACAGCGCUUUGUCCAGGUGCUGGAGAAUACCAUUGCGAUAAUGCCCGAUGUGUUAAGUCUACGUUACGAUGUGAUGGAGUGAAUCAUUGCGGUGAUGGAAGUGAUGAACAAUGUCAACGACCAAUUUCGGAUUUCAAACAACCGUGA